AUGGCUACAAAUCUCACCUACAACGCAACAAGUGGAGUGAAUUAUACUGGACUACGUCCAUCAAAGCUAUUGUGUUUCCUGCUGCUCCUAGCAACAUUCGUGUUUGGACUGAUCCUCAACACUCUCUAUCUAUGGGUCUUGUGUUUCAGGAUGAAAAGGAAUGUCAAUAACACGUGGUUCUUCCAUUUUAUCAUCACCCAUCUUAUAUUUAUAGUCACCAUGCCUUUUCUUGCAGUUUUUUUCCUACUGUAUCCUCAUUGGGUAUUCGGUGUAUUCAUGUGUAAGCUUAUAAACUUCCUCCUAUCAUUUAGUAUGUAUGCAACGGUAUUCUUUCUUACAGCCAUCAGUACUGACCGCUACUGUUUGGUUUUCCAACCCCAUUUUUACAAAAAACACAUGAACGCUCACCGUUCUUCUGUCAUCUGUCUGUUAUUUUGGGGUUUAGCGUUUGUGUGUAGUUCCCCAUAUCUUGCCUUUCGUCAGGUUCUACAGAACAACAACAUAUCCCUAUGUAACAAUGAUUACGCACUUACUGGCCGUUGGGAUGCAGAACCAAUUCUUCAAGCCAAGAUCAAAUGGGGCAUGUUUUGCUUUCGCUUACUUGUAGGGUUCUUACUCCCGUUUUUCAUUAUCACAUUCUGUUACCUCAACAUAGCCUUCAAGAUAAACAAAGAGAACUUAACAAAAUCCAAUAAGCCUUACAAGAUAAUAUGGAUUUCUAUUAUAUCUUUUUUCAUUUCCUGGACACCUUAUCAUGUGUGGUAUGGAAUGAGCGUGGAGAAAGGGCUAUUCCGAGAGUCUACACUAGAAGCAUUGAAGAUCUUUACUAUAUGUUCAACUUGCUUUAAUAGCUGCUUUACUCCAACACUGUACCUGUUCAUUGUGGAAAACUUUAAGAAGGUGUUCAAGAAGUCUACCCUGUCCAUUUUCGAAGAAGUCUUUAGCAAAAGCACAGAAGAUAGAUCGGAGUCACACUCAUUAUCUGUUAAGAUUAAGAACACCCAUGACAAUACCAUCUCAGGAGAUAUAUCUUAGGGUCAUAAUAAAUAUCCUGUAUAUUUUCAUCAA